AUGGAAAACACUAAUCCUAACAUAACCGCACGGACAAAGAAGGUGACCAAUAAGAUGAGUGAUAUUGCGGGAUUGCAUCUGUGUGAAGGUUGUAGGAAAGUAAAUGAAGAAAGAAUAAAAACACUGACUAAUUAUGAGGAGGAAGGAUUGCUUGCUGCUAUCAAACAGUUGGAAGAGAAAAUGGCAAAUGAAGUCAGAUGUCUAACUCAGAUGAUGGAAAAAGUCACAUUUAGAGAAGAGAUGCUAAAAGAAGAGAUGAGGGAACAAACAGUGGCGUCACUAGGGGGGUGCGGGGGGUGCGGACCGCACCGGGUGACACCCUCACAGGGGGUGACACCAAAAUAUCACUGUAUAUGUUUUUAUGUCCCUCCAUGA